GAUUGGCUGCCUCCGGUUUCGCAACCGCUCGGCGUUUGUGGUGGCUGCUUGCGAGAGAAAGAAGAAGAGAAGGAGAAAGAAGGGGAAAAGAGAAGAGGGAGGGGAACAGAUAGGGCCUGGUGGGCCCGCGCCUCACAACUACCUUAACGCGGAUCGAUAUCGGGACAGGUUCAUCUGGUACUUAAUCCACUUUGGGAAGGUGGUUCUGGAAGCAUCCUGGAAAUUCAGAGUACCUCAGUUUUCCUUAGACACCAUACUGUUGGCUUAAAGAAGAGUCUGUCCAAAUGAGCAAGACAUCACCGCAGAACACAACUGCAGAGACCAAUGGAGUAAGUGUCAUCUACACACAAGCGCACACAAGCGGGUUGCAACAGGUGCCUCAGCUGGUGCCUGUUAGCCCAGGAGGAGGAGGAGGGAAAGCAACGCCUCCCAGCAAACAGGGAAAGAAAAACUGCAGCGUCGAUAGAAACAGUGAUGAAUACCGCCAGCGCAGGGAGCGUAACAAUAUGGCGGUGAAAAAGAGCCGCUUGAAGAGCAAGCAGAAGGCCCAGGAUACUCUGCAGAGGGUCAACCAGCUGAAAGAAGAAAAUGAACGCUUGGAAGCCAAAAUCAAGCUCCUUACAAAGGAGCUCAGUGUACUCAAAGACUUGUUUCUUGAACACGCUCACAACUUCACAGACAGUGUGCCGCCUCUUGGCACAGAAAACACAAUGACAAACUCAGAUGGCUCUGGGCAGUAGAUACACUCCCCCCAGCUCUUGGGCAGAACAAUGUAGGAACAGCUUCCUCUACACAAGCCCUGGAAUCAGAGAGGUGGAAGAGACCACAAGGACCAUCCAGUUUAGCCUUCUUCUGCCGUGCAGGAAGACAUCAUUGAAGCACUCCUGACAGGUGGCCCUCCAGCCCCUGUUGAAAACCCUCCAAAGACAGAGACUCCACCGCUCUCUGAGGCAGCGUCAUCUACCAUUGAACAGCUCUUGCCAUCAGGAAGUUCCUUCUGACGUUUAGGUUAAAUCUCUUCCUGUAAUCUGAACCCAUUGCUCUGUGUCCCAGUCUUUGGAGCAGCAGAAAACAAGCUUGCUCCAUUCUCAAUGCGACAUCCCUUCCCAUGGUUAAAACAUGACUUUCAUGUCUCCCCUUAACCUUCUCUUCCCUGAGCUAAACAUACUCAGUUACUUAAGUCACUCCUUGAUGGUUUCCAAACCUUUUACCAUUUCAGUCACACUCCAGCUUGUCAAUAUCCUAUUUUGUGAUUCCAGGAAGAGGAGGAGGGAGUAGUGCUUGGAAAAAUUAGGUUCCCAGGACCCCUGGGAGUGGUGCUGCUCCUCUACAACGCAUCGCCAGUGUGGUUGGGGUGGCAUUUUGCCCCCAGGUAGUGAGUCCAAAGCCAGCCAUCUACAUCCCGCUAGGCAAAGCUUCAUUAUUACGGAAGACAAACUGGCGCCUGUGAUCCAAAGCCAGGACAGUUCAGCAAGGAGCUCAGAAGAAAAACGCUCUUCUGCCAACUUCCUGUACUCUGCCAAGGUGCUCUGAACUUACUGGCCAUGGUGAAGCUGCUCUUUUCCCUCUUCCUCCUCCGUGAGAGACCAGGAGGAGUGGUCCAGGCCAGCCUUUCCCUUUGGGGGUUCUUUGGAACAGAGAGCCUUGGGAUGCCAGCUAUGCCUCUAGAAGCUUCAUCCGAUCCUGAGGAGAAGGGGUUGUGCGUGCUUUGUCUGCACCUGUUGCUUAGAUUUGGGGACGCCUCAUCUGCCUCUCAGGGAACCCCCAGCAGCAAGUGUGGCAUGGUGUGCAGAGAUUGGGGUUCGGGAUUUUGUCAUGGGGGUCCUUGUCAGUUGGUUGGCCCUUUGGCUGCUCUGCUUUCGGCAGUGCUUCUGCUCUGGCUGAUGCUUCCAGGCAUGGGGAAGUGGGGCUUUGGGAUCCUCCUCAGCUCCAGUCAAUUUCUGGUCUACCUUCUACCUGGCAGAACUGGGCAAAGGUUAGCUUGCUGCUCCCACCAGUCUUUAGGAAGAACACCUGAGCUGCCCUUUGCAAGAGAGCCCUCCUCUUGCAAACACACCAGAGGUUCCAGAUCAUUUGACCAUCCUGGGAUUGGGGCCUUGACUGUCUACUGCUGAUCCAGAAACAGUUGUGGACUGGCCAGAAAAGCCCUGCUGUUGUCAAGACACAAAUGGAGAGAACCUUCUCUGAACUCUGCAACAACUGUCAUUUUGUUUGCGUGCGUGUGUGUUUGUUUAAUUCAUAGGCUUAACACUGAAAGGUUGGUGCAGGUAAACUGCAGGCUGUUUAUUACCAAGUAUUUGUUUUGAACUAAGUGUUAAUGCGUUUUCUGGUCUGGCAUUUUUGACUUAAAGGAGAGGCGAAUGGACAAGCAUCGCCAACAUUGUUUUUCACUCAAAUAAGGGCUGCACCAUUCUACUUAAAAUGCCUUCUGAUGUGAUAAGAUGUGGUGAUGGGGGAAUGAAAUGUUUUAUGUACAUUGUUUUUAGGAUGAAACCCUUUCUUUAAAAUUAUGGACGCUAGCCAGAGGUGCCAUAUUAGAAACGUUUGCUCCCAAUUUCUUUGGAACAGCUGGGGCUAGAAAAUGUGAGCAGUCUUCAGGCUGAUUAUUCACCUACUGGUUAAUGUAAAUCAGUGGCCCCCAAACUGCCCUUGAAG